AAUAGCAGACGAACUUUUCCAAUAGCCUGAUCGUUUUUUACCAAGAAAGUGAUGUAAGAGGAAAUCACUCUUACAAAUGUCGAACAACCUGGAAAGUCAGGAAUUGGAGCUAAAAGCUCUUCAAGCAAUGUUCGAAGAAGAUAUAACGGAUCUUAGAAAUGAUGACCCUUGGAAAAUAAAAAGGCCUCCUGACAUCAAAAUAAACUUGAAACCUAUAGCCAGUAGUAGCUCAAAAGUUUAUGUUUCUGUUGAAUUCCAUAUUAAACUAAGCUCAUCCUAUCCCAAAGAUUUGCCAGAAAUACUUGAAAUAUCAGAUAAUAAAGGCUUGUCAGAGAGUAGCAUAAAGAAAUUGGAAAAAGAAAUUAGGGAAAAGGCUGAAGAGAAGCAGGGAGAGGAAAUUAUGUUUGAAUUGAUAAGUCUUAUUCAACGUUAUUUACAAGAAGUAAAUGUGCCACCUAAAAAGUCAUUUCACGACGAUAUGAUAGAAAGAAAGGCUGAAGAGAGUCGUGAAAGAGUAAGAGAGGGGAUAAAAUUAGCUCAGGAAAAGGAAAUAUUAAAAAAACAAGAGGAGGAUGAACUUCAAGAAGCUAUGGAAAGGCGUAUGAAUGAAGCUAGACAAAAAAGAAAGGAAGCAAAGACGUAUAGAUUUCAAAACAGCCGUGGAUCAGAAUCGGAUGGGAGUAGAAGCUCUUCUCGACCAAGGCGAAGAAGUGACACACCAGAUCUUGAAAACUCCCCGACAGAAGUGAGAUGCGUUAGUUUCCCGAUGAAAAAGUCUGCUGAAAUUAAAGUCAAUCUUGGACAAUGCCUAGUUAGAACUGACUGUCAUUCGACGUUUUUAGGAUUUAGAUUAGAUUCAGGAAAAAAAGCUAUUAUUAACGAAUGGAAUUUUAUUUGGAGAAUACCUAAACGGAAAAGGAAAACUGUAGAAGAGAAAGAGCAAGAUGCAUGUGUAUCUAAAAAGAUUAAUGAAAAGAUCUCAGUUUUUGAGCAUGAAUAUAAUACGGUUUUGAAACUUCAACAUCCUUUAUUGAUUUUAUAUUUGUCUUUAUUAAAAACUGAAGAGCAAGGCAAAAUAACGGUCAAUCUCUUGAGAGAAGAUUCUUACGGAAUUAACUUGAAAUCGUUACAUCUGAUCAACAAUAAUCCUGCCAGUAUAGAAACUAUAAAAAUCUAUGUACAGCAGCUAACAGAAGUACUUGCAUAUUUGCAUAGUAAAAGUGUUAUUCAUGGGGAUCUUACUCCCUGGUGUAUUUGGAUAAAUGAUUCCGGCUGCCUUAAACUGUCUGAUUACAGCUUAAAAUCUAGCCUUGAUCGUACAUAUGCUGAAUUCGAAAAUGAUAAGAUUGGUAGUCAUUUUGAGCUAUUAGAUGUUCUUCCUGUCGUCGGCAAGGGAAAACGAGCCGACAUCUAUCGAUUGGGAAUAACAAUGUUAUCGGUGUAUACUGGUUGUCUACAAGCAAAACAUAAUCCAGAUUAUCCAUCAAAUAUACCUAAUAAUUUUAAAUUAUUUUUAGAUAGUUGUUUUUCUAACAAGAAUAUUACAAUAUCUCAUUUGGGUCAACAUAUGUUUUUAAAUGAUUCUAACGAUAAAGAAAUUUCUGGUAACAAUGAAAAAUUAGAGGCAGUAGGAGAAUCUGUGAUCGUCACCGAAAAAGAGAUUAUACCCUAUGUAGGAUUUAGACUAAAACAAGAAUUUUCAGUACUUGAUUCAUUGGGUAAAGGUGGAUUUGGUGAAGUUAUUAAAGUCCAAAACAAACUAGACGAAAGAUUUUAUGCCAUAAAAUGCAUUAAGUUGUCAAAGAAAAAUAUAUCAGUUACCAGAAAGAUGUUGCAAGAAGUUAAGCUAUUAUCUAGAUUCAAUCAUGAAAAUGUUGUAAGAUACUUCAAUUCGUGGAAGGAGGAGGUCAUUGAAGAGGAAAGCGAAAAUUCAUCGAUAUCUACUAAUACAAUAACUUCUGAUAAUGACGAUCAAUUUUUUGUUAAUAGAAAAAAAAAUGAAGAUAGCCUCUUACCGUCUAGGCUGAACUUUUCAGCAUCCGACCAUGUUAUUCAUACAAGUAGUCACUCCAGCUGGAGUCGUUCCGUAUCCAAUUUUGAUGAGAGUGAUGAUGAGAAAGAAGACUUUCUUUCCGAUUUGGGACAAUCUUUUCUAUUUCUUCCAGAUAAUGAAAAAGAUGACAGUAUUGUGUUUGAAAGUCCCUCAAAUAAAGAAAACUUUAACGAGCCUUCUAAAUCUAAUAAUCCUGAACUUGACCAAGUAAAUUCUGACGAUUCACCUAAAACUACAGUGUAUCUUUAUAUUCAAAUGGAAUAUUGUGAUAAAAGUACAUUAAGGACAGUGAUAGACGAAGGUUUAUAUAUGAAUGAACAGCGUAUGUGGAAAAUGUUCAGGGAAAUACUUGAAGGUCUAUCGCAUAUUCACGAAAAAGGCAUGAUUCACAGAGACCUAAAACCCGCAAAUAUUUUUAUAGAUUCAAAUGAUCAUAUUAAGAUAGGAGAUUUUGGAUUAGCUACAAUGGGGAUAUUAUCCACCAAAGAAGCCAACCAAGAAGCAGAUAUAACUGAACCUAAUAUUCCUGAGAAUAGUAGUAUGACCGGAAAGGUUGGUACGGUAUUUUAUGUUAGUCCAGAAGUUAUGGAAAAUCUCGGUCGUUACGAUCAAAAAGUUGAUAUGUUCAGUUUGGGUAUUAUUUUCUUUGAAAUGAACUACAAACCUUUAAAAACUGCGAUGGAACGCCACAAGGUCAUUACAGAAGUUAGAAAUCAGAGAUUUCCAACAAAUUUCGAAAAAAAUAAGCCAAACUCACUUAUUAAAAUAUUACAAGGUCUUUUGGAGAAUGAUCCAAUUAAAAGAGUUUCAUGUAAAGAUCUUCUACAAGGAGAUCUAGUUCCUGUUCAAACUGAAAAAGUUGAAGAAAUAAUUAAAGCUGCUGUAGAGCAAUCGGGUGGCAAAUCUUCAAGAUAUAUCCUCAAUACUCUGUUCCAGCAGAAAGUGGCACGAGUUGAUGAUAUAACGUAUGAUUUGCACAUUCAGCAUCCAUCUGUGUCUUUUUGCGUUCUUCAUCAAAAAACGGUUGAUACCCUUACAAAUUUGUUUAGAAAGCAUAGUGCAGUUUACUUAAAGACGCCACUUCUGGUUCCAAGAUCGGAAACUUAUCAAGCAAAUUGUCCACAAUUUCUUGAUUGCAAUGGAACCUGCCUGUGCCUUCCGUAUGAUCUAAGAACUUCUUUCGCUAGAUACGUGGCAAAACAUUCAAUAUUUGACAUUAAAAGAUAUUAUAUUGGAAAUGUUUAUAGAAAAUGUGAGGACGAGCGAGCCCAUCCAAAGGAGUUAUUUGAAGUAGCUUUUGAUAUAGUGUGUAAUCAAGCAUUUACUCUAACAGCUGAUAGUGAAAUUUUAUUAUUGUUAUUAGACGUCUUGAGAGAAUUUGAAAUGUGCUCUCGUGAUAAGCUAACUUUAACCCUUAGUCAUUCAGAUUUAACAAGAGGAUUGUUCAAUAUUUUUGGAAUUGCCGAAGAUAAACAUUUAGCAAUCUUGAAACUAUUCUCAGAAAUAAAAAAUAAAAUUACCAAAAACGAUAUUAAUGAUAUAGCUGAUACUUCCUUAUCUGAAAGAGACGUUCAAAGAUUAAAAAGUUGUUUGCAAAUCGAAGGUGAAAGCGUUCAGGAUUUUUCAAGUAAACUUGCUAACGAGAUUAGAAAUAGACAUUCUACAAAUGACCAAAAAAUGAUAAAAUCUGCUCUGAAACAUAUCGAACAAGUACUAGAAAUAAAAAAAGCAACUGAGAACUAUUUUCAAAAUAUCCCGAGCAUUCGCAUAGGAUUUUUGAAUUCGACAUCACUUGCUAAAUUUAAUGGGAUUAUGCUUCAACUGUCUAAAUCAAUUACUAAGGGCAAGAGAUUUGAUACAAUUGCUGUUGGUGGUCGUUACGACAACCUGCUAAAAAAUGUUGUACUUAAGCAAAAGAUGGAGAAUGUGGGAGCUGUUGGCAUUAGCUUUAAUUUUGAUAGAUUAAAAGAAGUAUUGGGAAAACAUGGAGAAAAUUGUGCCAUUUAUGAUGUUUUGAUUUCCUGCAUAUCAGAUCUCGAUAAAACGUCUUGUCUAUUGUUCCAAUUAGCCAAUAAUUUAAGACAACUGGACUUUAAAGUAGAUAUUGUAUUUACCUCUAAUCUUUCGCCAAAUGAUAUAAAUGAGUUGUUUCGGAAAAACGGUGUUGUUCAUGUAAUAUCGGCUCUUCCUUCGAAAGAAGAUUUUGAUUGUAAAGUUAGGUCGUUUAUUAUGGAAAAAAUUAUAGAAAAAACUGUUUCGGUUAAAACAGUUCCAAAUUACUUGUCGGCUUUAAGAAGUAAAGAAAAAGAAGACACAUCGGACCCCUACCAAAGUUACAAUAAAUCCUCAAUAUCUGGAACACUUGGUUACGAAUAUAUGCCAAACUUCAAAUCUUCAAAUGCUCCGGCUGACUAUACAGUAUCAUAUUUUUCAUACAUAGGCGAUAAACUGUCGCAUGGUAUGAAAAAAAAGCAUGAUCAUCAGAUUACCGCUCAAAUGUCAAAGAUCUUGAUCAAUAUUAAUCCAAAAGCAAAGUGCGAGGUUCUGGUAACCGAUUUGGAUUUUUCUGUCAUCAAGACAAUAGCUGUUUAUUUAGAUUAUGUCAGUGACCAUAAAGAGCAAUUUCACCAGAGUGUAACUCAAGUAUUGGAAAAGCAUCAACGACAUCGAAAGUACAUACUAGAUUUUUGCGAUGAAAUUUAUAAAGCUCGCAAUAAAUAUCAACAGCCUCCAGUAAUUGUGCUAUUUUGCAUAAAUAGCGAUGGUUCAUACUAUAAAUUGUUAAUAUAG